AUGUUAGAGGAUUUAAGGAUGUAUAUGAUGGAAAGGGUGUUCAUCAUGAAAGCGAAGGGUCAAGGAUGGGGCAACCAAAUCUGUCCAGCAAUUAGAGAAUUAGUUAAUGAAAUUAAGAAAUCCCAAAGACAUUACCAAGUGUUACCUAGUGGAUUAAAUCAGUUUGAAGUAAAAGGAACUAGAGAUGCUUAUGAGGUGCAUCUUGAAAGGAGAACUUGCUCUUGCAGUCUAUGGCAACUUAAUGGAAUGGGUUGUGUCCAUUUUAUUGCAGCCAUGAGUUAUAUGAAUAGGGAUGUAGAGUCAUAUGUGGACAAGAUCUUUAGUAGCAUCACUUAUAUGAAGGCAUACAAGUUUAGGUUAACACCUAUGAAUGGAAGUAAUUUGUGGCCUACAAGUGAGUACACCCCACCUUUACCUCCUAUUCGUAGAACUUUAUCCGGGAGACCCGCAACUAAAAGGAAAAAGGAUUCAAUGGAAAACCAAUCAAGUAACAAAUCAAAGAAGAGUAACCAAACACAAGGCAAUGAUGGUGGAGAAGCAGUUGAUGAGCUUGAUCAAGCAGUCAAUGAGGGUGGAGAAGCAUUCAAUGAGGGUGAAGACAAUGUCAAUGUUAGUGAGGUGCAUGUGCAACAAGAUUAUGAUGAGGUGGAACUCACUCCAAUUGCAACCUUUUUGAAUAAAAUCAGAUGGAAGAAAUCUGAAACGAUUUUUCAAGUUGAAGCUGGGCAAGAGAGUUGGUGA